CCUCACACUACUUCUCAAUCUUUAUCAUUCCCUCACGCUACCUCUGAAUCUUUAUCAUUCCUUCACACUGCCUCUGAAUCUUUAUCAUUCCCUCACACUACCACUCUAUCUUUAUCAUUCCCUCACACUACUUCUCAAUCUUUAUCAUUCCCUCACACAACCUCUCAAUCUUUAUCAUUCCCUCACACAACCUCUCAAUCUUUAUCAUUCCCUCACACUACCUCUCAAUCUUUAUCAUUCCCUCACACUAUCUAUCAGUCUUUAUCAUUCCCUCACACUACCUCUCAAUCUUUAUCAUUCCCUCACACUACCUCUCAAUCUUUAUCAUUCCCUCACACUACCUCUCAAUCUUCAUCAUUCCCUCACACUACCUCUCAAUCUUUAUCAUUCCCUCACACCACCUCUCAGUCUUUAUCAUUCCCCUCAUAA